AGACAUGCUGCACCAUGAGCUGGGCCGUCUCUUUGGCAGAGGGUAGUUUGGGGAGAGGAAUGAAAUGGGCAGCCUUGGAAAACCAAUCCACUACCGUCAGAAUGACAGUGUCGCCAUCAGACGGAGGGAGCCCAGUGACAAAGUCCAGGGAAAUAUUGGACCAGGGACGUUGAGGGACAGGUAGUGGCUGAAGAAGGCCAGAUGGAGCUUGCUGCAGAGUCUUAUUCUGAGCACAAACAGUGCAUGCGGCGACAAAGGCAGAGGCGUCAGGAACCAUGGGCCACCAGAAAUGUGGUCAGAGGAAGGCCAGGGUUCGACGGGAACCCGGAUGACAGGAGGGACCAAUCAAUGUCAAAGCUCUGAGGGCCAAGUUUCAGGAGGAAGCCAGAGCCCAGGCUCAAGCCAGGGACCAACACCGACCUGCCAUUGCUGAGAAGCCCAGACGGCUCCCAUCCACUGUUCCUGGGGAGCAAUGCAGCACCCUGAUGAGCUGCAUCCACUCGGCUGUGGAGAACAAACCUGUCAUCCCCAGGGUCAUCUUCAGGGAUGGGACCAGGGUGUCUGGGGGCAAAUGGCCCGUCUCCUUCCCUGCACUUGUACUACAGGCCAUCCCACCAAAACCACCAACACCACCACACCAGAACAGUCUCCACAAUGGUGGAAGGGACUGCACAGCGACAGCCAAGAAGUCCUUCAAAGACCGCCACUUGCCUCUCGUACUGCCUGGCCUGCCUUUGAAGGAACAGAAAACUGAUUUGCCACCUCAUAAAGAGGUCCCGCCUCCAACAAAAUGCAAGAAAAAGGGUUUGCUGCUCCACCACCCCUUCAAGUCAACCAAAGUCUCCAAGGUUGGUGGCGAACCUGCAGAAGAGCCUGCGUAUGCUGGUUUGACCACCAACAGACGUUCAGGCACUCCAGUAGAGGGGCUUGUGAUGGACAGGAAUAAGGCUGAAGAUAGGCUGCCACUCCAGAUGGAACAUUCUAGCACAGAGUGCCCAACCUCCAGCCCAGACAUCACCAUCACCACUCCGUUAGAAGGCCCAGGUGAAGACUCAUCCUCUAUGGUUAGUGCGACCCAGUUCUUCAGUAUGUUGGAGAAAGGCAAGAAACGGUUCUCACCUAAGCACCUGUUGGUGUACGCCAGACCCAAGAGCCUGCGUUCCAAUGGGGUCCAUCUCUCAGACCAUAACUCUACCAUGGACAAGGGAGUUCAUCUGCCCUCUACAGAUUAUGAGAGUCAUGCCCCAGAACAUGACCUUCCAGCCCCUUUGCCUGUCUGUCUCCCGCACCUCCCUGGUGUUUCAGCUCUGCCAUUCUUCAAGAUGAAUGGCUCUUCCCGCAGACUAGAGACUGCAUCAGAGAAACAGUUUGGCCGGGAUAGAGCAGAGCUUCUGCUUGUAAAAUCUGAUGGACUUCCCCCUCCUCGUCCAGCCAGGAAACUUCUACCUGACCGGGGGUCUCUGGGACCUUUGCCGAUGAAACCUCCAAGACCUCCAUGGGUAGAUCUCAGAUGUUACCACCCAACCACAGAACAUCACAGAGAGUUGACUUCAGCGGUUGAAUCUGAGACAUGUGAGGAUCCACACUCUGAGCCUCCAUCCAUUGCUAAUCCUGAACUGGUUGUUCCAGAGUUUCCGGACUUUGAGUUGAAUUCAGAACUGGAAACUGCAGAAGGCAAUGCAUUCGACCUCGCAGCUCUAGAACUAGAAGCUACAGAAUUUGGAACCCUUGAUAAUCCAGUAGAUCUAGACUUGGGGGUUCCAGAUUUCCUAUCCCCUGAAUGUGAGUUACCAUCUUGUGAGCCUCCAGAAAUUCCCAGCUUUGACCAUCGAGCCCUGACCCUCAGCAGUCAUCAGGAUCUAGUUCUUUCAGAGUUCUUGGCUCAAACGUGGGAGUUUCCAGCUUCAGUUCAAAAACCUCAAGAUGUUUCUGAGCUAUCUGCUGAAAUGGUGCCUGUUGAACCCUCAUUUACAGAGGACACUGACCAUGACUCUGCUUCGGUUGAAUUUCCUCAUUCAGGACUGACGUUGCGUGUCUGUCAACAGGAGAACUAUUAUGAAACCUGUGAUAAUGUGUAUGAAGUUGUUGAGAACACCAACAUGUUCACUGUCAGUCAAAACUCACACAAACGUAAAGGCCCACCAAAGAAUCCAUAUGGGGACCCCCGUCCAGUGAAGGAGGAGCCUCGAAUGCACAUAUGGCCCCGGAAUCCAUGUAAGGAAAAACAGAGCCCUGAGAACCACGAUGACAAGGAUCAGAAGAAGAGAGAGAAGCACCGCCUCGAGAAGGAGAAGAAAGAGCAAAAGGAGAGAGAGAAAAAGGAGAAUGAAAUGAAGAAAAAAUUCAAAGUGACUGGCCAGGAGGAGGCGAUGUACCAUGCCAGGGUGACAGUGGCCAGUAAAGUGCGUAAGAAUGACCUGCCAGUGAAGAGUGGUGACACGGUUAGCAUCAUCCGAACCACCAACUGCCCCAAAGGAAAAUGGCUGGCCCGUGACGCCAACCACAAAUAUGGCUAUAUCUCUGUAAUGAAUGUGGAGCUGAAUAUCAAAGAGAUGCUGGAGCUAGGGAAGAAGGCUCAGGCUGCUGGCCGAGGAGGCACAGAGGGAGAUACCAUCAGCAUUGGGAGCAGAUCAUCUAACCAUCAUCCCAUGCUACACAGCAGCUUCACAGAUGACGAUGAGGAGUGGACAUUAGACGAAGAGACCCUGUCCCCCUACAUGGAGAACCGCGUUCACAAUCGGACUGUCUCAAUGCCUGAUAUGCUCUGCAGCCAUGCUAGUGCCCACCACACCCUUAGUGAUGGCAGCAUAGAGGACCCCCACACACAAACCAGACAUGAGGCUCUUCAGAAGUUAGCCAUCUUCUUUCAGAACAACAAAGCUGGCAUCAGUGACACAGCAGAAGACCAAGUGCCAACCCCUACAAAGCUUCCUAUGUGUUGUGGAGCCUCCAUACUCGUAAGUGAAGAUAGUGUGUGUAUAUUUCAUGCAGUAUCCUCAUUGGUCUUAAUGGCCCUUGAGGUAGUAGUCUAGCUUGGACCAAAAUGUAUGUACCUGUUUUCUAUGGCAGAGACCAGGAAGUGGUUUUUGCAGAUUUUGAACUACUUCCCCCUCCAGUUCUAUAUGCAGAUUUCCUGUGACAGGUCAGUACAGACUAACACUAAUGGCACAGGGGUUUUCCCUGGUCAGAUCAUUAUGGCCAGGAAAAACUGCACUGGUCCUAACUUCUCAGAGCAUUAACAAACUCUUUCUCUGCUCUCUAGCUUCACUGACCGAGAGAACUAAAGGAGAGCACAACAGUUUAUUCUCCCAUGAUUGGCUGAGUAACCUGACCGUUACUGAUGCAGGCCAGGCAGCCAGCUGACCAACCCCACACAUAUCACUCUGCCUUAGGCCUGGAGAACAUACCAUGAACUCCAGAUGAACCACUGUCGUUCUAGAUCUAUGGACUCUAGAUCUACCAUUUUUAGAUCCAGAUGAACCACAGUCAUUAUAGAUGUAUAAAACUAGCUCGAUAAACCAUAGUCAUAUAUAUCUCAGAUCUGCCACUAGAUCAGGGCCCAAUUUUUCAAAAAUUAUCGGGUAGGAUUAAAAGCAUAGAAAUAUAAUUAAUAGAACUGUCUGUAUUAUAUUUGAAUGGGGAUGCCCAUUCUAUUUCCAUGCCUUUUAAUCCUAUCCGGAUUUCAGCAAUUGAUCAGGUAACUUUUGAAAACUGGUCCCUGAAUAUCAAGUAGCCUCUAGGGUUUAGGCUUUUUCCAGUAUGUUCCACCAUGUCACUUUUGAUGGGCUUCCUUUCUCGGGGGAAGCCCAUCUUUUUGUGCAGUUAUUAUUAGUGAAGUAUGUUUGACCUGAUGCCUUUAUUUCUCUCUUGAUCACAUUUGUUUUGAUAGUUGUGUGGUUGCUUAAUGCUUUAUCCAUUGCAUGUGUACUGUUAUACAAGGAUGUUUAGAUCAAUUGUUUGUCUUCUUGUUGCCUUUGACUAUGAACACAGUAAAUGAUUCACUUAUUUCUGUUCAUUGAUCAUUUUGGCACUACUGAAUGGGAAACGAUGAAGUAGGUACUCAAGUCUGCACUUUCCAUAACACAAUGGUGAAAUGGUGCAUUGUUUUGGGUACAAUGCCUUGGUCAAGUGUAUGUAUAAUUAUUUUUUGGCUCUUCACACUUGUUUUGAUCUGUUUGUUCAAAAUAUCUGAUUUUGAUGUCCAAUGUAUCACCUUCAUGUAAAGCAUCAAAUAAAUGGUCAUAUUU